UUGAAUGCGAGUGUGUUUACACAGGCCCCAGAGACAAUAGAGAACUACAAAAAUUGAUAAAACAAAAUGAAGAAAACAGUGUGUAUACUAAUUGUGGCAAUCCUUAUUGCCGUGGCCUAUGCCAUGCAGCCUUUGAAUCAUGAUCAACAACAUCACCAUCACAAGCGUCAAAGCCACAGCCAGAACCAACACCAUUUGCAACCGCAUCAGCAUCAUUCCAGUGUACAUCGUUCACCAAAAUCCGAGGAAAACAAACAUGCCCACAAGGCCAUUCCCCUCAUUGCUGGAGGCGUCCAUAAACUCCAUAAGUUGAAGUCGCAAAGGAGCCCCAGGCAAUCCCACUCGGGCAAAGAGUCAAAGCCAAACCAUAAGCAUCAUCAGAAGCAGCACCACUCCAAGAAGCGACACACUGGAUCCUCGCGCCGCCACUAGAUUCAUAAAUUAUAUUUAUUUGCAUAUUUAUGUAACGCUUGAAAACUUUCGAAAAUGUAGCAAAAUUUUUGACAACA